CCACAAAUACCCGACUCUGCGCCUUUAAGACAGCCCGCCGUGCCAGUGUGUGUUGUGUCGGGCUCCGCGUCACGGUCUCGUCUGGGUCCGGCUAACACUAGCUGACUGGCCCGCUUGGCUCAGAAGCAGAACGUAUUUCACGGAGAACAAUGUAUCAUUUUCAUUUCUAACACCGCUAACAACGACACGCCGGAUGGUAGUCCGGGAGACAUAACCGGAACGGGAGGCCGCCAAUGCGAAGAAGGAGGAUCCAUGGCCAAGUGGUUGAAGGACUACCUAAACUUUGGCACCAGGCGUGACCCUCCACAGCCCCCGAGGCCAGAUUACAGUGAGAGUGAGAUUUUGAGGGCCUACAGAGCUCAGAAGGAGCUCGAUUUCGAGGACCCAUAUCAACACUCUGAUAAGGAGCAUCAGAAUGGUGGUUUCAGCCCCUGUAGUGCCACAGUGAGCCUUCCCUCUUUUCCUGCAUUUGGUUCAGUGCUGCCUAAUGGCUUGGAGGUGAAAGUGGUGUCUCCCAAGCACAGACUUAUUAAGGUGGACUCUCAGGAGUUUAGCUGCUGUAAAGUCCCCCUAAAUCCUGUGACUAUUCAAGAGGAACCUGUGAUCCCUUCUGCUCCAGCAGCGUCGGACGCUGACACAGACUACUCUGAUCCCUUUGAUGUCCGUCCAGACCCAAGAGGCAGACCAAAUUGGGAGUCCAAAUCUGCAUCAACAGACUGCUGCAGCUACAUGGAGCCAUUUGAAGCCCAGCGGAUUAUCUCAGAACUGCAACACGGCAUUAUGAAUAACAGGUCUGGGAGUGGUGAUGGUGGCCAAUUAUACGAUAACCCGUAUGAGGAACGGCCUCGUCCUUACCACCGAGCUGCACCAUCAGCACAACAACAAACUCAGAGGGUUGAGGCUGGAUUUGCUCAGAUAGACAGCAGAGAGAGCAGGCUGCCUCAGGAUGAUGAGAGGCCAGCUGAUGAAUACGACCAGCCCUGGGAGUGGAAGAAGGACAACAUCUCUAAAGCUCUAGCAGUUCAGUUUGAAGGGGCAGAAAGGGAGCGCUCACGAGCUCAGACAGAGCCGACCAGGCUCACCAAGACAGGCACCACAUCAUCCACAGCUGACUCAACUACACUCCGUCUGGUUGGUGACACGCCUCCUCUCCUGGGAGAGAGAGUGGAUCCAUAUAUGCCACUGGAGAGACAAGUGUGGUACCACGGAGCCCUGAGCCGCUCGGAGGCAGAGAGUCUACUGACUCUGUGCAAGGAGAGCUCCUAUCUGGUGAGGAACAGCCAGACCUGCCGGAACGACUACUCGCUCUCACUCAGGAGCUGUAAGGGCUUCAUGCACAUGAAGUUCACUCGGUCUGCAGAGGGCCGCUACGUCCUCGGGGAGAACAGCCCUCCCUUCUCCACCAUCCCCGAGGUCAUCCACUACUACACUACACACAAGCUGCCUAUCAGAGGAGCCGAACAUAUGUCCCUGCUGUAUCCCGUCAUAGUGCAGACCCUCUGACACUGACGCACUUACAUACUCUUUCUCCUGGUGCUACUGAAUACAACAUAUACUCAAUAUUUACCUAUUUCCUUCCUGUUUUCCUACAUGCCUUUUCACCGCCUUUCUACCUGAACUGCCCGCAAGAGAUUGGACUGUUUGGUGCCAUCUUUCCUGUUUACCAUUACCCAAAUAACUACACUGGCAGCUUAAUAAGAGCGCUCAGUGCCUCAUGAAUAUUCGCCUGUGAACUGGUAUUGUCACUGAAAUCCUCUUAUUUUCAUACCAUGGACUCCUGAAAAUCAGCAAUCAUUGUUAUUAAGAUUGGUAGCUGAGUACAUUUAGGUAAAGGAUAAAAAAACUCAUGUCUUGAGCUGUCUUGAGACCAUAGAAUCUACAGAAUAUUGCAUGGAGAUUUAUCUCUUUUACUGUAGAGCAGAAAUAUACAAUACUGCCAGCUCACUUAUAGGAUAAUAGUGGUGUUUUAUCUUGGUCAUCUAGGUUCAGUUUUCAGCCAAGGCAGCAGUUGAAUCUUACAUUUUUCUUUGUUUAAAAUGGCAAAAAAAAGAGAUGAGGCGUAGGGAUUUAAACUAGAUAUAGACUGUAGAAUACUGUUUUUAAAGUGCUGUAACUGCAAACAACACUAUUAUUAUCCUUCAAGUGUUAUUUACAAUAUCAACCAAACACUACACGUGCUGUGAAUGUUAUAUAGCCGCGUAUAACUUCACCUAGUAGCUGAUUCCUGUAAUACUAGUUUAGAGAAUAAUAACUACAGUAUUAUAUUGAAAGCUUGUGGCUUUGUGAUCAUGACUAUUAAAGGAGCUUUGGUAGAUUAUUGACCGUUCUGUUUUAUAAGAUUUUAAAUGUCUGUUGAAAAUAAAGGUGU